AUGCUUCAUCUAGUUGGACUUGGUCUCGCUGAUGAGACCGAUAUCACUGUCCGCGGUCUGGAGAUCGUGAAGCGGGCCGAGAGAGUCUAUCUAGAGGCAUACACGAGUAUUCUUCUUGUCGAUAAGGAAAAGCUGGAAGCGUUCUAUGGCCGCCCCGUCAUCGAGGCAGACCGUGAACUAGUCGAGACAGGCAGCGAUGACAUUCUCGCCGGCGGCGACAAAGUCGAUAUUGUGUUCCUAGUAGUGGGAGAUCCAUUCGGCGCAACAACUCAUACCGACCUCGUCCUCCGUGCGCGCGAACUUGGCAUCGAGACCAGAGUCGUCCCGAACGCUUCGAUCAUGUCCGGAAUCGGCUGCACAGGACUCCAGCUGUACAACUUCGGACAGACAGUCAGCAUGGUCUUCUUCACUGAGACCUGGAAGCCGUCAUCGUACUACGAUCGUGUGCGCGAGAACAUUCAGAUCGGACUCCACACACUGGUUCUGCUCGAUAUUAAGGUCAAGGAGCAGUCGCUGGAGAACAUGGCGCGCGGACGCCGCAUUUUCGAGCCCCCGCGUUACAUGACUGUUGCGCAGUGUGCGGCACAGAUGCUAGAGACCGAGGAAGAACGCCAGGAGGGUAUUUAUGGGCCAGAUAGUCUGGCUGUUGGUGCGGCGCGAGUUGGUGCGUCUAAUCAGCAGCUUGUUUCUGGUACGCUCAAGGAGCUGUCUACUGUUGAGAUGGGCGCGCCAUUGCACAGUCUUGUUCUUCUUGGUCGGAGGACACACGAUCUUGAGAGGGAUUAUAUUCGUGAAUAUGCGGUCAAUAAGGAGACUUUUGAUGCGAGCUAUGUCAAGGGAUACGGAGCUAGCUUGUAA